GGUUCAAUGAUUCCAAUGCGUGUGUUAGAGUCAGAUUCAAUAGCCUCAGUGAAGCUCAGGAUCCAGACAUGUGAAGGGUUCGUAGUGAAAAAACAGAAACUUGUUUAUGGAGGCAGAGAGUUGGCUCGUAACGAUUCUCUUCUUAAGGACUACGGUGUCAAGGAAGGCAAUAUGUUGCAUCUGGUUCUUAAGCUCUCCGAUCUCUUGUUCAUCACUGUAAAGACUGCUUGUGGGAAAGAGUUUGAGUUUCACGCUGAUAGAUAUAGAAAUGUUGCGUAUCUCAAGCAAAGAAUCGCAAAAAAGGGGAAAUGGCUUCUGGAUGUUGAUGAUCAGGAAAUCUUCUUCAAUGGGGAAAAGCUUGAUGAUCAGAGGCUUAUUCAUGAUAUUUCUAAGGAUAGCAAUGUUGUGAUCCAUUUGUUGGUUCAGAAAUCUGCCAGAGUGAGGGCUAAGCAUGUUGAGAAAGAUUUGGAACUCUCAGUUGUCGCCCAGAAUGAUUGCAAUGAGAGGAGAGAUGGUGAGGUAGUAGUAAGAGAGAACAGAUCAUCCGACGAGGUGAUUGAGGAGCCACCAGUUAGAGAUUUCUGGUUGGGACCAGUUAUUGUUAAUCCUAAUGUCAAAUUGCCCUCUUUCAUUUGGGACAUGAUUAAUUCUACAUCUGAUGGUUUGGAGAGAGGGCAUCAGCCUCUCAGAUCAUCUGAAGGAACAGGAGGAACUUAUUUUAUGCAGGAAAAAGAGGGUCUUGAAUUUGCCUCCGUUUUCAAGCCCAUUGAUGAGGAGCCAAUGGCUGUGAAUAAUCCCCAAGGGUUACCUGUAUCCAGAGAUGGUGAAGGAUUGAAGAGGGGAACAAGGGUUGGAGAAGGGGCUUUGAGAGAAGUUGCAGCAUAUAUAUUGGAUCACCCCAAGAGUGGGCCUCGCUUGUUAUCUGGCCGCAUUGGUCUUCCCGAUGGGUUUAACGGUUUCCCCAAUAAUGCGCAUCCGGCCAGAGCCACGAUGGAGAUUGAGUCGAGGAUGAAGAUGGGGGGUCGGGUUGGGGUAUUGCACUUCUUCACACAUCAUGUGGAAGCUAAAUCCGUGUGCAGAGUGGUCAUUGCUGUGAGUGAUGGGUCUGUGUUACGCUUCCAUUGUUAAUUCUUUAUCUCUAACCUUAUUGUAUACUUGUAGUUGCAGCUCUUAGUAUUUUCAUUCUCUCAGUUUAUGGAGGAUUUGCAAUUCGUUGAAGAAAGUGUGAAGAUUGGAAUUUUUUCUCCCGUUUCCCCUCAUUUUCAAGUAAGAUCCUCCACUAAAACCUCGAGAAAUCCAUCAUUUUAUUCUUUUCUCAACUCUUUUUUUUAAAAAUAAUCCUUAAGAAAUCCAUCAUGUUUGGAGGAUUUGGUGAUUUGGGUGAGCUAUCAAAUAUGCAUGACCAAUUUGGAGUAAAGAAAAUUUUCUCCAUUUCCCUUCAUGUUGAAGCAAGGUCUUCCUCCAGUCAUCUUCUUUUUGAAAUUUUUAGCAAAUAAUAAGUUAUGUUCUUUUCAUCUGGGUCUCAUCAAUUCAUGCGUGUUGUGAGCGUGUGAUUGUGAAAGGAACCAAUGAAAAAGGAAAGUGGGGAAGAAGGCUAUUGAAAAAGGGAAAGCUUUGCUUCUUUGCUUUGUGUGUAAUUAAUUGGAGAGUAAGUAAAGGUUGAUGCUUUGU